AUGUUAGUGCGUCUGCCCUCGGAGAUUCGGAAUGGCUCGCUGCUGUCGCCAGCGAACCCGUGCCCGCCCUCGCCCACGGCCUCCUUUCAGCCCUCCAGCAACGCGGAUUCCCCGUGGCAGUCCCCCGCGGGCGCCUUUGUUGCAGCAGUUGUAGGAGCUCGGAGAUCCUUCGUGAUGCCCUCGCCGAGCGGGGCGGCAAACCUUUCUGCUGCAGUUUUAAAGGCCAAGGAGCACCUAGAAGUGCUUAUGGGCUGCCCCUUCUUUAAAAAGCUGAACCUGGACUCCCGGGUACAGCGCCGGCUCUCCAGCAUCGCCACAUGCCUGAAGAUCAGCAAGGGCACGGUGCUCUUUCGGCAGGGCGACCCUCCAGGAAAUUGCUACGUGAUCUUGGAGGGCUCAGUGGGCAUCGUCAAACCAGACGAAGAAACCAAAACUGGCUAUGACUCGAGAGAAGGCACCCCCCGCCUGGGGGAGACACUGCGCCUGGAUAGAACCGAAGCUUUAGGCCAGACAGAUGUGGUGUCUGACUCGCUGUCUGAGUGCGAGAGGGAGUCGACCAUGUCACUUACGAGAAUCCCUGGCGCAAGCCCGUCCCGGCUCUCAGCGAGAGCCGCCGCAGCUCCGGCAGCCAAUUCGAGAGGUCAACAUCCUCGCCCAGCGGAAGGAAGACGCUACGAAGGACUUCCUCCAACCGUAGCUGGCAGCCCUUGGAGGAGACAGCAGCCGCCGCAGCUCGCUCCGCAGCGAGCGGCGGCACCAGACGGCGGCCCGCCGGAGCGAUGA